UCACUUGCUUACCAUAGUUGCUUUGGUCUUGCUCGCAGGAGCAAAAUUCUACAUGAUGUCAGCCUCUCUGCUUUAUUCUUCUUCUAGAUGGGAGCCAGCUAAAUCUACCAGAACACAAACAAAACCCUAAAUUGCGGCUGUAUCUUCUUAGUCUUGUUCACUUUGAAAGCGAUCAUCACGUUGGAUCUGGUGAUUUCCUUUUCUCUCCGAUCGAGAGGUUGAUGGUCAUGGCCAGGUCGAACCAUCAUAACAGACUUCCUCGGAGGAAGCGGUGGGUUGGAUGUUUCAAAGCGUUGUCUUGUUUCGGUGCAAAGAAAGGAGAGAGACGAACACCACUCGAAAGGAGGCGUCUCAAGGUUCAAAUUUCUUCUGCCCUGCAACCUUUGCCCGAUACUAUCUCGACCAUGAUGCUCCGUUUUCUCAUGCUGGUGGAAGACUGAGCGUUUCGAGAGAUGCGGAUGUUUACCCAACUAACAGAAAUGGUCAACGCAUUUCCAAGCAAGACAUGGAACAACUUGAAGCAUACAGAGCUUCCUUUGGUUUCAGCUCAGAUGAUGUCAUCUCUACAAGCCAAUAUGUGGAGAUCACCCAUGUUCAAGAUGACUCAUUGAGACCUCGUAGUACCUCCUUGGAUACGUCAAAAGAUGAAGGGAUUAAUUUGUAUGGCGCAGAGGAAGAUAUCUUGAACCUGCAGAAAAGUGGCAACUUACAAGACCCGCUCGAGAUGCACAAUGAUCUUAUGCGGAGAUCUAGCACCUUCGGUAAUGGAGGUCAAGCAAAGACAAGCAGAAAGUACAAGACGGGUCUGUGCAGUUCGGAUGCAGAAAUCGAUUACAGAAGAAGUAGACGAAGCUUGGGGGAAGGCAAAGGAGAUUUUGCUUGGCAUUACUAAGAAACCCUUCUUACUCAUCUGUAGAGUUUAGUUUAGUUUUUGCUUUCUUUCUUUUGGGUUAUGUUCUGUGUGGUUUUUAAUUAGGGAGAAUUGGUAAAAAGAGACACUUUCAAUUUUCUAUUGUCAUUUUAGGAUUUUUCAUACUUUGGUCAAUUUUUGACUUGUUUUGUCAUUGGUUGAUGAGAAAAAUAGUAAACAUAAUUUUAAAAAUGUAAAAAAAUAUGAAAAGUAUUGGAAACAUAUGUAUGAUAAUUUAUAUGUUUAAAUUUAUUUUUUUAAAAAUAGGGAAUCAUAUUUUAUUUUCUCUUCUAGCCAAAAUAGAAUACACAUUCCGUUAGUCUGCUUAAUACAGAAAACCGAAACUAAGUAUAAUACAUAGAUAUAUCUCGGGUAUAUAACAUAAACUAAUGU